UUCAGCGUCUAUCCCCAAACAAGACACCAUUGAUUCCACGCCACAAUUCUGAAAAGUGAAUCAAGAUGGUGUCCAAGUAUCUCAGCCUCCAUCUCCCUCCCAAUCCCCACUCGUCCUCGACCACUGCAAUUUCUCCCACAACUACACGCUUCCUCACCACUCGUCCAUUUCCAACUUCCAUACCUACGAAACUGUCUGUCCCCAUAAGAUGGCUCUCUUUUUCAACCAUGGCAUCAAGCCAAGCCACACCCUCACCCACACCCACUCCCAAAUUCAAUGAUUUUGAACCUCAUCCCACCCUCACCAACGAUGAUCUCAAGCCCACGGCACCCCACCAAAGGACAUUUUCCGGGUGGGAAAUGGCUAGCCUGUGGGUGGGUCUUGUCGUGGGUGUUCCAUCCUACUACCUUGCUGGCAGCCUUGUUGAACUUGGGAUGGCUUGGUGGCAAGGAAUUGCCACGGUUGUUGCUGCCAACAUCAUCCUAUUAGUCCCAUUGGUUCUCACAGGCCAUCCAGGCACCCGCUACGGCAUCUCCUUCCCAGUCCUUGCCCGAUCGGCUUUCGGGAUUCGCGGUGCCCAUCUCCCUACACUGCUUAGAGCAUUGGUGGGUUGUGGUUGGUAUGGGAUUGAGACAUGGAUUGGAGGUGAGGCAAUUUUCCUCCUACUCCCAAAAACUAUCAAACAGUCCUCUUUGUCCCAGUUCCUACCCUGGCUGGGCACAUCCCCUCUUGAAUUCUCAUGUUUCAUUGUCUUUUGGCUGGCCCAGUUGGCCAUUGUCUGGAGGGGAAUGGAUGGAAUCCGUGAAUUGGAGAAGUACUCGGCUCCAAUUCUCAUCAUUCUCACCUCCUGCCUCCUCCUUUGGUCUUAUGUUAAUGCUGGUGGAUUCACCCCCAUGCUCUCCUUGUCUUCAAGGCUAUCCUCUUCACAAUUUUGGUCACUCUUCUUUCCCUCACUCACAGCAAAUAUAAGCUUUUGGGCUACCGUUGCACUUAACAUUCCAGACUUCACUAGAUAUGCAAAGACCCAGACUGACCAAAUUAUCGGUCAGGUUGGCCUUCCAAUCUUCAUGGGCGCAUUCACAUUUGUUGGCCUGGCAGUGACCUCCUCUACGACCGUGAUUUUUGGCCGUUUAAUAUCCAAUCCAAUUCAACUUCUUGGGCAAAUUGGAGGAUUCACAACAAUGAUCCUCGCCAUCAUUGGCAUUAGUCUUGCCACCAUUACAACAAAUAUUGCUGCAAACGUUGUGGCCCCAGCAAAUGCUCUUGUCAAUCUCAGCCCCUCAAAAUUCACAUUUAGAAGAGGAGCUCUGCUCACAGCAUUGCUUGGAAUUGCUUUUCAGCCUUGGAGGCUUCUUCAUUCCAGUGAGAGCUUUGUUUACACCUGGCUUGUAGGCUACUCUGCAUUGCUGGGUCCAAUUGGAAGCAUAAUUCUUGCAGAUUACUACUUGAUCCACCGCAUGAAUCUAAGUAUCAAUGACCUAUACUCUUUGAGCCCCCAUGGAGCUUACUAUUAUUCAGGAGGUUACAAUUUGGCAGCAAUGACAGCUUUGGUUAUUGGGAUCUUGCCAGUGGUUCCUGGUUUAUUGCAAAAGCUUGGAAUUCUGACUUCAGUUCCUGAUACAUUUGUUGCCAUCUACAACAACGCUUGGUUCUUCAGCUUCUUCUCUGCAGGGAUCCUUUACUGGAUUCUUUCAUGUUUGAAAGGGAAAGACAGAAAUUCCCAACCUUUAGACCCCCUUUUGCCUGCUGCAAACUAAUGGUUUAUCCCUUUUCCAUCUUCUCUUAUACCUCUGGAACACAAACAAAUUUACAUACAAAAUAAGAAGCUUUGUGAUUACAUAUUUUAGUUUAAUUUCGUUUCCCAAGUCUCAACAGUUACUGGCAUUGAAUAUUUCUGUAUGCCUGAAUUGUCAGUCACCAUGGAGAUCUUCUCUAUUGCUCCCCAUCUUUUUUGUUGGAAUGCUGAAAUAGAAGUGGAGUGCAAGAAAUGCCAACGUUCAAUGAUCUCUGUAAUGUGAAUAAAAAUACAAUACAGGUCUUUUUUUUUUUUCUUAUUUGGGUGCAUUAUCUUAUUUUGGCAUUUGCAGAACAUGGCAUGUGCUCUCAGCUGCAUAUGACUACGCGCUUGUAAAUUAUAUAAAGAAAAUAAUGAUAAGUGAAUCUCUCCCAUUAUCAACCCCAAA